CUAAAACAGUCCGUCCAUUACAUUGCACGAAAUACAGGAAAUAUCUGUCUCCAGUCAAAGCUCUGGUUUUGAAAAGAAUCUCUCAGUUUUACUUUCUAAUUGCCUCACUCGGUACCAGGCAGCUCCAGGAGAAAGGUUAAGAUUUCUGAAGGUGGAAAAAGGAUACCCAGCAAAGGAUUCGGCUCCACCAUACCCUGGGCCAACUAUGAACCACGGGGGUGCCGUGGAGCAGCCAGGUGCUCCGCCCCUGGCUGCACCUGUCGCAACAGUGACUCAAACGAUAGUAACGCCAGCACUAAAUGAUGUCCCGGGACAAACUGUGUGUACCCACUGCCAGGAGACGGUCAUCACCAAGACAGAGCACAAAGCAGGCCUGAUGACCUGGGCCAUCUGUGGUGGCCUCACCCUCUUUGGGUUUUUUCUUUGCUGUUUUAUCCCGUUCUGUGUUGAUUCCUGCAAAGAUGUGGAGCAUCGCUGUCCUAACUGCAACAAUGUCAUCUACAUAUACAAGCGAAUGUGAAAGUGACUGUGAAUGAAGGAAAAGACCUCAAUGCUUAUCUGUAGCCUUAACUUGCUCUACAACAUCUUUGGUAACACUUUACAAUAAGGUACACAAAAAAAUAGGUAGUUAAUGAUUAGUUUUUGAAAGGGUAGUUACUG